AUUUUGGACAAGGGUGACCUGCAAGUGUCGGAAAAGGAGCGUCAUGCGCAAGCGGAAGCAUCAUUCACCGAGGUGGCCAAUUUGGUGUCCUCAAUGUGUGUCAAUCCGGACACCAAACGCCCUUAUUCGACCAAAGUAAUUGAGAAGGCGUUGCAGGAGACGCAUUUCAGCUUAAAACCAAACCGUUCGACCAAGCAACAG